CUUGCUUCCUUUUGAUUCCUUUCAACUCUUGGGUGUCUUUCCCUUUCAAUUUUUUUUUUCACAAUUUUAGUCUCAUUCCUCUGUACUGAUAAACGAAGAAGAGAGGUGGGAAAAUGAAAAAUUAGCAACCUUUAAUAUUUUUUUGCUUCUUAUAUUUUAUUAGGGCUUCUUCGAAAUUGUGAAUAUAGAAAUUCAUUGAUUGAUUUCAAAAUAUCUUCCUUUUUUUUUCAAGAAAAAAAAAAGUUGCGAUCCGGGAAGGUGGUGCUUUUUUUGUUGUGUCACUGUUGUUAUUUCUGCAUUAUUGGAUGAGGCAGAAUGAUUUCCUUCAGGUAUUUUGCUCAUUCGAAUCAUCAUCAUAAUCGUCACCAUCACCUUCAUCAUCACCAUUCAUUGAUUUACCAUCAACGCCACCGUAGCCACCACGAAUCUUCUUCUAUGCACACGAGCGGUGGAACUAGAGAAAGUAGCUAGCUCUGGCUUUUUCUUAGCGUUUUGUUGUUUUCCUUUCUUUCUUCUUCCUUGUGUAUGGUACCAGACAUUGAUGUUGAAUCAUCGUCACUUUCAUCCUCAUCCAUAUCAUCAUCAUCAGAUGGAGAAUUACCCAAGAGAUCUACUUCAGAGAUUCGUCGACGUGUCAACUAGUGCUGGUAGCACUAGUGAAGAUAUCACACAAACACUACAAGAACAACAGCAUCAUCAGCAAGCUAAAGAGUAUGUAGAAGAAAAAGAAGCAGAAGAUGCUGAUGAAGAAGUUGAGCUGAACCUAGGUCUCUCUUUAGGGGGUAGAUUCGGCGUUGACAAGGACGCAAAGAAGAAGCUCACGCGCUCUUCUUCAAUAGUUGGUACAAUGCCUCUUUUCCGGGAAGACCGGCCGAUGGAGCCGCCGCAUGUGGCAGCGUAUCCAGCGGCGCUGAUGAGGACAUCAUCACUGCCCACGGAGACUGAGGAGGAGUGGAGGAAGAGGAAGGAAUUGCAGACUUUGCGGCGGAUGGAGGCCAAGAGGAGGAGAUCCGAGAAGCAGAGAGUUGCGCGGACAGAGAAGGAAUCCGGUGGUGGUGCCGGAGCCGGAAUCGGUAGUGGUUUGGAAGAAUUGGAGGGUGGUGCAGGUGCAAGUGCAACAUCAAUGGGCUUGAAUAGAUUCGGUUCUUCAAAUUUGGCGGUACAACCUUUUGGGGUGCCAAAUUGGGGUGCAAGGCAAGUGGUUCUUGGUGAUGUUUUGGGAAAAGGGAAAAUUGGUGAUAGUGGCGGCUUUCAGGGUUUGUUUGCACAACCUUCUUCUCAAUGUUCUGCAGAAUCUCAAGGGGGAAGUUCCUCAUCAGUGUCUGAAAUGGAGAGCAAGCCUUUUCUAGGACCGAGCAGUUGUGGUGAAGCUAGAAGCCCUGCUAGUAAUCAGUCCUUACAGGAACGAAGAAGCAGUCAGGAUGCUGUUGGGGGUUCAGGGGCGAAGACAAACGAGAAUGUGAGCAGAAGUUCCAGAGCUGAGAUGGAUAAUCCAUCUAAGAAACCGAACAAGGCGAGAGAAAUUGGGACAAAUUCAAUGGAAGACAUGCCUUGUGUAUUUACAAAAGGGGAUGGCCCUAAUGGAAAAAGGAUAGAGGGUAUCUUGUACAAAUACGGUAAAGGAGAGGAAGUGAGGAUAAUGUGUGUGUGCCAUGGAGAUUUUCUCUCCCCAGCAGAGUUUGUUAAGCAUGCUGGUGGUGGUGAUGUUGCUCACCCACUAAGGCACAUUGUUGUAAACCCUUCUGCUGCUCCUUUUUUGUGAUUGGAGUGUCCCUUUUUCAACAGUUUAGGCUUGUAACAUAGAUUACAUUGGAGAGACGAGUAAUGUUUACUUUGUUCCAUAGUCGGUGUCUCCAUUCUUGGGCUAUUAAAUGCAACAAUGGUAUAUUUAUAUAGAUGCCAUUUUGUACCGGAAAGGAAA